AUUAUAGUUAUGGUCAGGUUAGUAUGAAUGUUUUUACUGUCUCAUCUCACCUGUACGUUCACAAACCACGUGACGUAGCUACACUCAGGUGAGAGUCUGACACGCAUUCUUGCUGUCACAAUAUAUCAAGAGCUGUUUCUCUCCUCUGAACUUGUGGGAGGAGCAUCUGGAUCACUGCCACACAGCAACCUAGUGUUGUUCACUUCCAUGAAGAACCGGUCCAUCUGGGCCUGCAAACACAGCGGAAAACCGACCCCCGCGGCUUAGCGCUUGUGUGGUUUACGACCUUUGAUUGUCAGCUGAAGGAACCGGAGCCGGAACAGAGGGAGGCGCAUCCGAGAGCAAAACAGACCGCUGUGUUACAGGGGAGUGACCGUGAUGAUGGCGUCCCACGGUAACACCGGCAGCGCCUCCAGCCCAAUGGUCAUGCUCGCCCCCAAAACCAAGACCAAAAAGAAACAUUUCGUGCAGCAGAAGGUCAAAGUGUUCCGGGCGAGCGACCCGAUGCUCAGCGUGUUCAUGUGGGGCGUUAAUCAUUCGAUAAAUGAUUUGAAUCAAGUUCCUGUGCCCGUCAUGCUGCUCCCUGACGACUUCAAAGCCAACACCAAAAUUAAAGUGAACAACCAUCUCUUCAACAAAGAGAAUCUUCCAGGCCAUUUUAAAUUUAAGGAGUACUGUCCGCAAGUCUUCAGGAACCUCAGGGAGAGGUUUGGAAUUGAAGAUCUUGACUAUCAGGUGUCCCUGGCUCGUAGUGCUCCCAUGAGAGGCGAUGGACAGGGAGAAGGUCUUCUCUUCACGUCCUAUGACCGUACGCUGAUAGUAAAGCAGAUCUCCAGUGAAGAAGUAGCUGAUAUGCAUAACAUUCUGUCCGAGUAUCACCAGCAUAUAGUGAAGUGUCAUGGCAGUACACUCCUCCCUCAGUUUUUGGGCAUGUACCGGGUUACGGUGGAGAGCGAGGACACGUACCUGAUCGUCAUGAGGAACAUGUUCAGCCACAGACUCGUUGUCCACAGGAAAUAUGACCUGAAGGGUUCACUGGUAGAUCGUGAGGCCAGUGACAAAGAGAAGGUAAGACGCCAGUCUACAUCAUUUUUAAAUGAUGCAACACAAGACACGAUUCAGACAUUUCUGCUUCUUCUAAUGCAGGUGAAAGAGCUGCCGACUUUUAAAGACAUGGAUUUCAGAAAUAACAUGCAGAAGGUGUACGUGACAGAAGAGCAGAAAGAGAAGAUUAUGGAGAAGCUAAACCGAGAUGUAGAGUUCCUGGUGAAGCUGAAGAUAAUGGACUACAGCCUGUUGUUAGGCAUCCAUGAUGUGGCACGUGGCGAGCGGGAGGAAGAGGAGGCAGAGGAGCCCAGCUGUGAAGAUGACACUGAUCCCGAGAACGGCCUUGCUCCGGCCGUGCAGGUGGGAUCAUACGGCACGUCGCCGGAGGGCAUCGCCGGUUACAUGAACUCCUUCAAACCCCUAGGACCUGGAGAAUUUGACCCUUACAUUGAUGUAUACGCUGUCAAAAGCGCCCCAGGUGCACCGCAGAGGGAGGUGUAUUUCAUGGGCCUCAUUGACGUGUUGACGCAGUACGACACUAAGAAGAAAGCUGCACAUGCCGCCAAGACCGUUAAACAUGGCGCUGGUGCUGAAAUAUCUACGGUUCAUCCAGAGCAGUAUGCCAAACGAUUCCGUGAAUUCAUCUCCAACAUUUUUGCGUAACCACUUCUGGGUGUCUUUGGCGACACUUCAAGGUUUUGUCAGAUUCACUCAACAUGUUUUUACAAUUUCUACUGCCAUCACAUAUGUUGAUUUUUUUUUUUUUUUUUUUUUUUUUAUCUUGUGCUUCAUAUUUUCAUGAAUUUUCAUAACAUAUUUAAGCACGACAUGUUGACAUGUCUCAUCCACACUACAGCUACAUUCACGAAGGGUGUAUUCACAAAUGAAUAACACUAGAUUCACAUGAAUCAAUUUGUGACAUAACCUACAAAUAUAACAUCGCUUAAUCUGUUAAGGAGAUAUAACUCCAAACCUGUAGCAGUGACAUGAUUAGUUCUUGGUGUGUUCUCUCCCUUUCUUUGGACUUUGGCUUGGCAGAGAGAGAAACCGUCGCCUUAACCGAUUGUGGAGGAAUAACAGAAAGUCAAGGUGUGUGAUGCUUUAAGCACAUGCUAGCUUCAUUUAAUAUAUGCAGCAUUAGAAUGUUGUAAGAUAAAAAACACAAACUGACCAGCCGGUGACCUUAAGUGUACAUUAAGGGUCUAGAUUAAAGUAAUGCUAUGAAUGGAAUGCUGACUGUUUUUAUGGAUGGAUGGAGCACACACUCUUCUUUUGUCUUAUUUGAGCUAUUUUAUGCAGUUAGCCUUGAUGCAGAAAAGAGGAAAUUUUGUAGUUUGCAGUAGAAAUACUUUAGCAACACUGAGCUGAUUUAGUAUGAAAUGCCUUAUUGUUGCAUUUUAUUUAUUUUGCAAAUCAGUGUUUGGACCAAAUAUAUUUUUCA